AUGGACCUCUCAGAAUCAGAAAAUAAGAUAAUUGAAUUGGGAGAGGAAUGUAUCAACGCGAGUGAAGAGAAAUGCUCGAGAGGCCUAUUUGAGGGAAUUUCAGUGCACCAUAAUGGUUACUUGUGGGUCCAAGUUAAUAACCUCCCUCUCAAUUGGCUCAGCUCGGAGGUGUUGUCACUUGGGUGGACUGGACUAGACCCAAGUAUGGUGCUGAGAAGCCAUGGACUGCACGAUGGGAGAGACCUAUGUCUUUGGGAACUCAGGCACGGGCAGUGGGGGUUAGAUAUGCUAGAACCCAACACUGGGAUGUGGAGGAAGCUCGUGGUUCGCGCGAGAAGCUCGCGGAUCACCCUGCGGGUCGUGCUGGGGCAUUAUGGGUCAUGGAGAAGUGCACGGGUCUCUAGACGGGAGUGCGGGUUGCGCAGAAACAUCGAGACGGGGAGCGUGCGGGUCGCAGGGCGCGUGAGAACAUCAUGGGCUGUGUUGGGGAUGCCUGCAAGUCACGCUGGACGGGUUUUGAUCGGCUCUGCGCACUGCGGGACGGGUCUGCGCGGCCGACUCCAGCUGGUGCUGGAUGGUGAUCUCCAGCUUCUGGCAGAUAUAAACCUCGAUUUUCAUGAAGAAUGGACAACCCCGUGA